AUGGCGUCUCAUGAGAAUUUAGUGGGACCGGUCGGGCUCGACUGCCAAACGCUAGACGAGCUCAUCGAGUCCUACCUGUUAGAUCCUUACAGCCUAGACGACUUCUUUACCUACAAUGUUGACAAUCAACGGACACAGUUAUAUGUUCAAAUCAACAGACACGAGUCAUCCGCUAACCUCAGUUUCUCGUCCAACGGGAGUUCCGUUACCCAACACGACUCUUUGUCGGACACCAACAACUCCAUUCAGAAUAACCUGUCACUAAAAGAAGCAACAGAGAUUAUUAUUCACCGCAAGAACUUAAAAGAGAUGCUCGUAGCUUGCGCGAAAGCUUUGUCAUUCAACGACCUAUCGACUUUCGACCGCUUGAUGUCCGAAUCACGUAAGAUGGUUUCUGUCCGUGGAGACCCGAUACGGAGACUAGGCGCGUACAUGCUCGAAGCUCUAAUCGCUCGACUCGCCCUCUCAGGAAGCUCGAUUUACAAAUCCUUAAAAUGCAAAGAGCCCAAAAGCUCAGAUCUUUUGUCCUACAUGCACUUGUUGUAUGAGGCGUGUCCGUAUUUCAAGUUCGGCUACUUGUCCGCCAACGGAGCCAUAGCCGAGGCCAUGCGUGACGAGCCACAGAUACACAUAAUAGAUUUCCAAAUCGCGCAGGGAGCCCAAUGGGCACCCCUCAUCCAGGCCCUUGCAGGCCGGCCCGGUGGGCCCCCACGGGUUCGGAUCACAGGUAUCGACGACCCGGUUUCGAGCCACGCGCGGGGUGGUGGGCUCGAGAUCGUGGGUCGAAGGCUUUCGGGCCUGGCUAAGUCGUGCGGGCUCUCAUUGGAGUUCUGCGGGGUUUCGGUCCCGGGCUGCGAAAUCGAGACGGGCCAUCUGGAGGUUCGGGCAGAGGAAGCCGUGGCAGUAAAUUUCACGCUUGUGCUGCACCACAUGGCAGACGAGAACGUGGGCCAGGCCCGGAACAACCAGCGGGAUCGGUUGUUGAGGAUGGUGAGGAGGUUGUCCCCGAAGGUGAAGGUGGUGACUCUGGUGGAGCAGGAGUUGGACACGAGCGGUGCCCCGUUUGUGGCCCGAUUUGUGGAGACACUCGACUACUACCUGGCUGUGUUUGAGUCGAUGGACGUGGCCUUGCCGAGGGAGGACAAGGAGAGGGUGAAUGUGGAGCAGCAUUGCCUGGCGCGGGACAUUGUGAAUAUUAUAGCGUGUGAAGGAGUGGAGAGAGUCGAGCGGCAUGAGGUGCUAGACAAGUGGAGAUUGCGGUUUAGUAUGGCGGGCUUCAGGCAACUCCCCUUGAGCCCGCUUGUGAAUGCCACGAUUAAGGGUUUGCUCGAGAGUUAUAAUGAGGGCUACACGCUUAGGGAGAGCGAUGGGUGUCUGUAUCUCGGAUGGAGGAAUCGGGAUUUGGUCGCAUCUUGUGCAUGGGUGUAA